UUAUAAUUUCGUGGUUAUUUCAAAAUGGUUGACGAAUCUUCUAUAGAUAACGAAUUAUUAAUUAAUUUAGUGAAACUAAAGCCCGUUUUGUGGGAUAAAACUACCGAACUUUAUAAAAAUCGUGUCGCAACUCAAGCUGGUUGGAAGGAAAUUAUGAAAGCAUUCGAUCCAACUUACGAGACAAAGGAAGAAAAAACUAGACAAGCUUUCGCUAAACUAAUUAUUCAGAGGUGGACUUACAUAAGAGAUAGUUAUAAUCGAUCAUAUAAAAAGAUUCAAGAUCAGAAGAGGUCAGGAAUUGCCAAAACAACGAAGCCCUAUGUUUACAGUAAACAGUUAACCUUUCUGCAGAAAGUAAUACAACCCAAUCAGACAAUAACCAAUGUUAUUACCGAAAAUAGCACAGAAACCGAAUACCAGAAUAAUUCUGAAGCAAACGAAAUAUCUGAAACAAAUUCUACCGAGACACUCGACAUCAAGCCGACUAUAUUGUCCAAUCCAAUUCCUAAUCGUAUACCUAAAAGACAUGUGAAUGAUGUCAGUCCCGUAUAUGCUAAGGUGAUGAAAAUGGAUUGUUAUUCAAAUAAUGAACCUAGAACAAUGAAUCGUCAUCUUUCUUUUUUUAAUGGGAUAUUACCAGCAUUAGAUAAGUUUGACGAAGACGAAGUCCUUGAAUUCCAAAUGGGUGUACUGCAAUUAUUGAAAAAAAUUAAAAACUGUCGCCAAAAUCGUGAGUCAUAG